AUGCAGCUCAUUCAGAUCAUCCUUUCCACCACCCUCCUCGCCUCCUCGGCCGUCAUGGCCGCCCCUACUGCCGGCGUGUCCAUGAUGGCCGCUGGUCCCCAGUGGACUAUCGAGAACAUGAAGCGCACCUGCAACGCCGCCAACUCCCAGUGUACCUGGACCUUCGGCAUUGAGGUUGGCACUGCCGCCGCUACCCCCUGCACCUACGUCGUGAAGGCCGCCGAUGCCUCCCAGGCCAACGGCGGUCCUGCCACUUGUGGCGCCUACACGAUCACUUCCGGCUGGAGCGGCCAGUUCGGCCCGGGCAAUGGCUUCACAACCCUCUCUGUCGUCAACGGUGACACCCGCCAAAUUGUCUGGCCCGCCUACACCGACAACCAGCUCGCUGGUGGAAAGGUCGUCAAGCCCGACCAGGCUUACGCCCCCGCUGCUCUCCCUUAA